AUGGCGCGUAUUACCAUUCCGACUACAGCCCGGCUACCGUCUUCCCUGCGCGUCGAUGCCUCGAAUCCAGUAGUGGCCAAGGUGCUGAAUAGACUGUCCAGGCCAUCCCUCUUGUCCCUGGCGCUGGACUGGCUUGAUGAGGACAACCAAGCGUUGUCGGCGCCGUACCUCCGGGCCGAAGAGGACGAUGAGGAUGAGGACUCGGGCGACUUUUACCCCCCAUCUUCCUCCCUCAGUGAGCUUCGGGAGCUCUAUGUCGAAUCGCAGUCCCGCAAGGGCUCCAAAAGAGAGGUCGUCGAUCGCAUUCUCGAAGGCGAUUGGAGACAUGGCCUGACCAUGUAUCAGCUAGCCAUGGCUGAUCUUCAGUACCUCUACGACCACCCAACCUCACAGAAGUGGUCUGCAUACCGUAUCGUGCCACUGAGGUUACCGGAAACAGAGGCCGAUGCAGAGAAGCCUCUCAGGCCGGAUGGCAGAUCACUCGACAUCCCCAGGUUUCACCCUUCUACUUUUCUUCAUAGUCUACAGGCCCAGGUUCUACCCGACGUCAAGGCGCACUACAAUUUCGACAGGCACAAAGACUUGCCGCUCUUGAUGCUGCGCAUAUUCAUCUUGGAUUCCCCUUACAAUACCGAUCCGGCCGUCCCAGGCAGGGCUGGCGAAAGAUCAACCGUCGGCUUUGAGUCCUCGAGGACAGUGUACAUCGCCUUUCCCGACGCGUCACCGCAUGUAUACAUCUCCAAGUCCCAGACUGCCGGGCCGGCUACCGCCGGUGAGGCCAAGAGUCUGCGGAGCCUGGUGAUAGAGGGCAUCCCUAAGGCACUCUCGCGGCCACGCGAACGGUACGCCCUUAAAUCGACCAGCCUGUCCACCAGGAACAUGGCCGAGCUGCUGCACAGGCGAGGGCCAGGGCGGACGAAUGCAGCGGCAGGUGGAUGGAGCAUUUAUGCCGACGAGAAGAAGAAGCAGUCGCCGCUGGACACUGUGCUUCCAACACCUCCACUGUCGGAAGCGGACGAGGGGGAUUCGAUAUCGCCACUGGAUGAGACAAGCAGGAAAAGGGCAUUGUCGCCAGAAACACAACAUCGAGAGAAGGCCUCCAAACGGAGAAAGCUGGUGGCGCAGGCACGGUUCGGCGAUUCGGCCAAGAUCGACGACGGCAGCGGUGUGGAGAGGGUUGAUGUCGUGAUGGACGACCCAUUUCCUUCUGCUGCGUCGCUCGCUCCGGACGAUGGCGAUGUUGUGGAUGAACAGGACGGCGAUGCAUCGGGCCACCGUAGAACAACUGGAGGCCGCCGCAGCUUGAUCGAAAAGGAGUUUUUGCAGGAGGCCGAAGCUCGAGAGGACGCACAGGAUCCCAGGGAUGUCGAUGCAGAACAGGACAAGGAUGGUCCAAGGUGGCGGCCGGAAGUCAGGCUCACCUUCCAUGGGUCGCACGUGUUUGCUGGGUUGAGACAACUGGUCGAAAUGGGCGUGAUAGAUGGUGAGCGCAUGCCCGGUUGGAUGACCGGAGAAGAGGGCGUAACGAUUGGCGCUGUCAGAGAUGGGAGGAUCAGAGGUCACAAGGGCUCGGGGAUUUGA